AUGAGUAAUUACGAUCGUGUGCCGUGUUCGAUUGCUAUUCCGAAUCAGCAAGUUGAAAUACAGCAGCAACCUAGAGUCUUCGAAGAUCAAGAAAGUCCGGUUAAAACAAAAGUUCAGCAGCCUCCACCAGAACAAGUUCGAGUUCCUCCGACAGUCAUUGGAGCAACAGCAACAGCAAAAAAGAAAUCGUGUCUCUCAACAACAUCUUCACGGAAGGAACCACCCGCACAUCCAGCUCUUCGUCGAAAAACUGUGGCUUUUGGGCGGACUGUAAACGUGUCACAGACUGUUGAGGGAACUUCUCGACACACAAAAAAAGCAAUAGCUUCGCCAAGUCAGAAUCACAGAAUGACAGAAGAAAAUCAAGAAGAAAAUUGGCGAGAUGUGAUGAAAAAUGAAUUCGAAGUUAUGCGAAAAGAAAUGCAAGAAGAGGCAACGAAAAAGCAAGAAGAGCUCAAUGCACAAAACCUGAACAAAAUGCAGGAAAUGAUGUCGCAGUUUUUUCAGCAAAUUACAGUUGCCAAACCAUCAGCCGAGGAAAGUCAAGAUAGAGAAAAGGAAAAUUGGUACGAACAAUCUCGGCAUGCGAGACAACAAAAGCCGGCUAAUAAAAUUGCGAAAGCCCGAGAAAUCAUCAAAAGAGAAGGAAGCAUUCCACCGGAAGCUCUACCGAUUCUGGAGCAGCGAAUUCGAACCGAUCCCAUGUUCAGACAACAAAUCGAUAACGUUCUAGCAGAUGCGGAAUGCGAUGCAAACCGAGCAGCUUACUCGCCACUUCCUCCUCUUUCACCACCCUCAGGACGAUAUGCGAACGGUUCCAGCGGAAAUCCAGCUUUGAUGAGGGAAACAUUAACCGUUGAGAGAAGUAUUCGAUAUGACAACGGGCUAUCCUCGAUCGAUUCAAGACAGUGGACUAGCGAAAGGAACGAUAACAGAACUCAUGACAACUACCGUCCGUAUGAACCGGAUCCACAGUUGCAAUCCAUGUACCAAAAAGGUCAAAGUGUCAGUUAUUAUCCAUCGGAAGCAGUUGGAAAAGCCCACCGAAAUAACCGUCUUGAGUACCACGUGGAAGAAGUUCCGGAGUAUGAAGAAGAAGAAACAGAAGUGGGCGGACGAGGUCGGGGUAGAAAAUACCAUGAGCCGAUGGAAACGGAGUCAGCGGCAGAGCGAGAACGCCGUAUUCGAGAAAAAUAUUCGCGAAGGAAGUAA